GAAGACUGCGUAAACCAGCGCCUCCCUGGUAUCGCCACUCUCCUCUCGACGACGAUGUUCACCGUCAAAGCUACCUAUCGCGGGGAAACUCGCAAGUUCACUUUUCCUGAUUCAACUGUCUUUCCUUCAUUUCACCAGAUCUAUCUUCAAUUAUACCGUGUAUUCCCUAUCAGCCACAACUACUAUCUCUCAAAGCUACUGUUCUCGCCGGAUUCCAAGUCUCGAGUUCUUUUGGCUCGGGAAGUCCAUAGGGAAGAGGACUACGGAAGGGCAAUAUCCGCUCAUGCAGGCACCAAAGGCAUAUGGACCAACCCCUUACUCAAGUUCUUCGUAUACGAUGAAACACCUCACAAGCUUCCUGGGCUUCCAUCUCCAUUUACUACCAUGUCAACGAUUUCGACAGCUUCAACCCCAGUAGCUUCGACAUUCACCCCAGUUCCUACAACUGGAACGGGUGUAUUCUCACCCAUAUCGUUCUCGCUGAUCCCACCGCCUCCUAUCAUCUUUUCAUCUGUCACAACGACACCGCUCCAGUCAGAGGGAACACCCAAGCCACGGUCACCACAGUCAGUGUCACCGCAGCAGCCGCCCCAAGCGCCCGCACCUGUGCCCGUUUCCUGCUGCAAGGAAGUUCAGGAAAUGAAGUCGCUCGUUUCGUCUUUCAAAGAGGAACUAGACAAGAUCAAGGAUAGGUUGGACAAGUUACAGUCUUUGGACGACUCUCCUUCUGUUCCAGACAAGCCCAGUCCAAUGUGUCAAUUCUAUACAUGCUCCAGCUGCGGGAAAUUCAAGCAUGGCGCCUUUGACUGCGAACAGUGCUUUGCGAUCUUUUGUGACGGUUGCGGCCCAGGUGCCUCGACUUUUCCUCAUGUCAGAUGCACGGGUGGAUUUAAGCACACCUUGUCUCCCAUGGGAACAUGUGGGCGGUGUCUUGACUCUCCCCAGUCGAUUUUCCGUAAAGACUCGACAUCUACACCUCUUCCCUCGAACCAGCCUAUGUCAUCUCCGUCAGGGUCUAAACCUGUCUAUUCAUCUUUGUGCAUGUUCAAAUGGUGCUGGAAAUGUUCGAUGCUCAAGCAAGGUCCUUGGUAUGAAUGUAAAGAUUGUACUUCCAACGUGUGCCCCCAAUGUGCCGACUCUGAUAGCUCAUUCUGCGCCUAUGGUGGCCAUUCCCAUCGUUGGAAGAAACAAGCUUGUCAACACUGUCCGCAGGCUAUAGAGAUGAACCAAGCACCUGUGCUUUUUUCGGCAGCUCGUGGUGAUGCGGAUGUACCCAUGGCAUCGCCCUUGUUCGUCCCGCCCCCCUUGCCUUUGCCACAGGUGUCCCAUUUACCACCAUCCUCGUCGAGUCCAAGUCGCUCCCUUCCAUCUCCGCCCAUGCAUAUUCCUCGACUUGCUUCAACUCCAGUACCCGAUGAGUCACUACCAGUCCACAAUGGUGUUGGUUGUGAUUCAUGUAAUGUCAUCCCGAUUCGGGGAGUUCGACAUAAGUGUUUGGAUUGUCCUGAUUUCGACCUCUGCACUCAGUGUAUCUCUAACGGCGGAGCUGAGAACCAUAAUCCCUUCCACGAGUUCUUUGAAGUAAAGGAACCUGGAAGGGUGGUUGUGCACACUGCUUAUAGCGGCCACGGAGAACGCGAAGCACAAAGAAAUCCUUCUCCAGCUGUUCCCGAAACUGCUUCCGCUCCACGAGAUAUUGUACACUUCGCCACUUGUAACCUCUGUGAUUCCAGGAUUCAUGGAAGCCGCUAUAAAUGUGUCGAUUGUCCCGACUUCGAUGCUUGCGAAAACUGCUUCUCCAUCACUCCGGCGCAUCAUCCACAACAUGCAUUUGUGCGGGUGGAGAAACAAGACCAGUUCAUCCGUCGAACCGAGGUUGACCGUCCCAUGCAUUAUGCGGUUUGUGACAGUUGUCAGAAGGGCAUCUUUGGGAUAAGAUAUAAGUGCAUGCACACCGAGUGCCCCGACUUCGACCUGUGUGAAGACUGCGAAGCUCAUCCUAUUUCUGUCCAUCCUAGCAACCACCCCAUGCUUAAAAUGCGGGAUCCUGAUACUGCCAUUCCUGUUGUUGCUAGAGUGGCACAGUCUAGUUCCAUGGGUGAAGAGGAUACAGUUAAGGAGAACAAGACAGCUGACCCGACGUUUGUAUCAGUACAACAUACAGAGGAACACGAUUCACCUCUGCCAACUCUUCCACGAAUCCUCACUCAACAUCACAUCUUCUCUACUCCCUCACCCCCUCGCUCACCAUCUCGACCAUCUCGCUCGCCUCCCAUUUCUUCUCCGGUGGUGCAUGAGAGUGGGCACAUGAGGAAUCCUUUCCGAUCAGAGCCAGCACAAGCUGUGAAACCUCCCUCACCCUUUUUCUACGCAGAUUCGGAGAGGAGCAUUAGUCCCCCUACGUUUGAUUAUCGUGGCCAGGCAGCUGUCGAUCCGGUCGAUGUCGACCAAAUGAACGGAGGUCGUGGCGCCACACAAACAAGACCUUCCCGUUCCUUUAUGCAAUCCCCUCCGAUCCUUCCUACGCCCCCAAACAUUGUAGGCCAAGAUAAGGAAUGGGAUCCAGAGGAAUUUUGGAAGAGGUUGUUGAUGAACCCUGUCACUCGCGUUCCCACGCCACCGGCGAAGGUUACAUUUCCGCCAUGGCUAGGUAUAUCUACGAGCGAAAAUAAACCCACGGAAUCUCGCAACACAAGGUCGAAACAACAAGACCUUCCCGCUACCGAUCCUUACUAUCCCACAUAUCAAGGAGAAGCUGCACUCGAGGAUUCAUGGCCUCUCCCUCCGUUCAUGACGAUGCCUGGAUCCCUUCAUUCCCCGCCUACCAGAAGUACCGAUCAGGGCCUAUUUCAUUUGAUGAGAGAGCAGGCAAGUCCAGGGGGUGCGGCUGAGAAGUCGGAACAGGCCAAAGGUCCUGAAACGAUACAAGUCAAACCUGCUGUGACUUUUACACCAUUCUCCUCGUCCACCAUGAACACACCUCCGCGCCACUCAACUCCUCCUGUUGAAAUUACCUCAUCCACCUUAGAAUGUGACUUCCAGGAGAAGUAUCCGGAAUGCGAUUGGAGGACUAGUUAUUUGUCGCGACUCGUAUCCCCAUCUCCUCCCUUAAGUAGCUCAAAACUGGCACCUCCCGUACCUCCUGUUGUCGUUUCGGCCUCCGUUUCAUCCUCUUUUUCCUCUUUAGACUCUCCGAGAGUGGUCACGGAAACAGUCUCUCAAACGAGGAUUGAUCCGGAAGAAGAGGUGAAGGAGUCCAGAGUUCAAUUACCUCCAUCUGAAUGUCAUACUGCCGAUGAUGCCGCUGACGCGGAAGGCUUCUGGGGAUUCAAUCGAGGGGUGACUCACCUGACUAGAAGUAGGGGAGAGACACCGGAGCGGCAGGAAGCGUCGUUCGAGAAGGACUUGCUCAAAGCAUUGACGGCCUCGGAACGUUCGGGAAACACACCUUCUGAGAGCUCGAAUACUGUUAAAUUGCCCCUUAUCGGUGAACUGCUUAACCGACCUACUUCCAUGAGAACAUCGAGUGCAUUGGAUCUGCAAGAUAUCUUAGAUGAGAAGCCUCCAACAAGGAAUUCCCUGAAGCAAGAUUUAAUCGCAGUGGAAGUCAGGGAAAACGUGCAAGAAAUGAUUCAAGUGGAUAAGAAAGAGCCUCUCAUCACCGCCUUCGAAAGUCAACUCUCUAUAUCACAGCCUCCCGUUCUAGAUGCCAAGUUCAUCUCCGAUCGCUCAGUUCCAGACGGGCAGAUUUUCCCUCCCGGAGCUGAGUUCAUCAAAAGUUGGAGAAUGAAGAAUUCUGGCCAAAGAGAUUGGGACGGUGAUACGGAACUUGUUUGGGUCGGGGGUGAUGAUCUUGGAAGGAAUAAACUUUCCAGUGCAAACCCCGUUAAAGUCGGUGCUGUCGCAGUCAGUGGCGAAGUAGACGUAUGGACUGGUGAACUAAAAGCUCCGGAAAAAGAAGGAAAAUAUGUCGGUUUUUACCGAUUGAGGGAUCGUGGCGGGAACUUGUUCGGGGACAGUAUCUGGUUGGAUGUCGCCGUCAAGGAGAGUUCGUCUCACGAUAAGGAAGACAGUAACGAAUCAGGUGAAUCCUCAGACGAAUACAAGUCGUUGUCAUCCUCAUCGGUGGUUGUAAUGCCUCAAGCGGCAAAUGAUGUCAUUUCCCGGACAUCCUCAAUGACGGAUAAUAUCUCGGACAAUGGAACAGUGUCAACAUCAGACACUUCCUCGAUAUCAUUGAUCAGUGUUGAGUCCGAUGAAGAAUGGGAGGAAUCCAGGGAGCAUGUGCCUGUUGAAGAAGCAGAGGAAUACAUCGUCCUAUACGAUGACGAUUCGGAGUGAAGAAUCGUCAUCUUCUGUAACAAUACAAGUUCGCUUUCUUUUAGGUAUACUUUUUCAACUUUUAAUGUGUACUCACGACUGGUAACAUCAUAUAUAAGAAAUAACGGUGGUCCCGUUAAGUCCGUUAUCAUGUGACUCCCGG